CAUGUUAUUGUGAUAGAGUCUGCGGAGGCUGCAGGUCCUGGGGUCAAGCAGGAGAGUUCUGAAGGAGAGGAGGACCCACGUCACAUCCAAACUGGAGUGCCUCCUGUAGCCAUGGAGGACCCCACUACUGCCCCAGCGGCGCCCAGGACACGACGCAGCAUCACGGAGGUCGGUGGAACACUGAAUGCCGUCCUCAAGUCAGAGACAGACACCAAGAAUUUAACGGGUCUGGGGCGAUUGGGCUGUCCUCCUGCUCUCRGCUCAGAAUAUUUACUUGAUGGUAACCCAAGCCCGAGGAUGGAUCUGUCCCAUCAGGACUUAGGUGACACAUUACAGACUGGCAAUGAUCCGUCCUGUUCAUACGCUACAGAGAUGAUACCUGGUGACAUGCCAGUCGGCUUAGAUACACAGACUAAUCCAAUGAGAGGGGACUGGAACCGGUACAGUAGUAGUGUAUACUCUGAAGGGUGCCUAGAUAAGAAAGGGGAGGUUAUAGUGAUAGAUGAGGUGACUGUGAAAGUGGAGAGUGACGCUCCUCUGACAUGGAAUGCAGACGAGACUCACUUAGGAGAAGGACACUCACAGGGCAACACRAGUGACUUCUUAGACUACAGGGAAAGCUUAAAGACCAAUCUAACUGUUGCAACCCACUCCCCUUUACACACGCUCAGGGAUCACGACCCACUGUCCACGCCGAUGGCACCUUCCGAUUCACAAUACCUUUUCGAUCAGGUAUUGAACUCAAACGACAGGGCUAGAGCCCAGGCUCGGGGAGGGGGAGCCACAUCAGGCAAUAGCUGGUGA